CAUCACUCUGUAUAAAUAGGCGUUUGCUGCACAGCUUGUUUCAGCUGUGCUUGACCUUUGGAGGGUUUGGAUUUUCGCGAGCGUCCAGCUGUCAUCUUAGUGCGACCGACCAUAUCUGUGUAUCUAACUCAGCAAGAACACUGUUUAUUCGCAUCAUAAUUAGAACUACUCCUCUCAGUGUGCCAACGGAUAAUCGCAACGCUGAAAAGAAUAAAGUCACGCAAAAUUCCAUUCGACCUCGUUAUUUUAAAAACAUUUGCAAUCCAUGCGCGCAGAGAUCUGGUACAAUACAUAAGAUCUUCCAAAUCAUGGCGGUUCCAAGGAAUGGGAAGCAUCAGAUCUUCCUGGGCUCUUUUAUCCAUAGCAGCCGGUUGGACGAGCUCCAGUAUAUGCAUGAUACUGCAGUCUUCGUCGACGAAUCCGGCACAAUCGUGGCCGUAGAGCAGGAUUGCAAUGAGUCAAAAGCCGACCAGGUAGCACGAGAGCGUUUGGGAUGGACGGACAAUAACAUGGAGAUCAGGCAAGCCAAGGAUGGGGAGUUUUUUUUCCCUGGCUUCGUAGAUACACAUCUGCAUGCACCGCAAUAUCCUAAUAUUGGCAUCUUCGGCAAAUCUACGCUUCUGGACUGGCUCAACACAUAUACCUUCCCCAUGGAAUCGUCCCUCUCGGACCUGACCAAGGCACGCCGCGUCUACACACGCGUCGUGCGGCGGACUUUAUCUCACGGCACCACGACGGCAGCCUACUUCGCGACCAUUCAUGUGCCUGCCACAAACCUACUCGCAGACCUCUGCCUGUCCCUGGGCCAGCGAGCGUUCGUGGGCCGCGUUUGCAUGGACCACAGGGACCUCUGCCCAGACUACUACCGAGACGAGAGCCUCGAAGAGGUGAAGCGGGCCACACAAGCAUCCAUCGAUCACAUGCGGAGCAUUGACCCAGACUUCUCCCUCGUCUCGCCCAUCCUCACACCCCGGUUUGCACCGGGCUGCACGGCCGAAGCCAUGUCGUAUCUCGGCGAUGUUGCGAAGGAGACGGGCCUGCCCAUACAAACCCACCUCUCGGAGAACGUCAACGAGAUCCAGCUGGUCAGGGAUCUGUUCCCGGCCUCUAGGGACUACACGGACGUCUACGACACGGCGGGGCUGCUGACCCCCAAGACCAUCCUGGCGCACGCGAUCCACCUCAGCGAGGCCGAGGCGGACCUGAUCAGCGCGCGGGGGAGCAAGGUGAGCCACUGCCCGUGCUCGAACUCGAGCAUCACGAGCGGCGAGGCCCGCGUCCGGUGGCUGCUGGAGAAGGGCAUCGGCGUCGGCCUGGGCACGGACAUGAGCGGCGGGUACAGCCCCAGCAUCCUCGAGGCCGCCAGGCUGGCGCUGCUGGUCAGCCGGCACCUGGCCAUGCCGCACCACGUGCACGAUGCGUUCCCCGAGGCCGGCACCGAGAGGGCCAAGCUGAGCGUCGAGGAGGUCCUGUACCUCGCGACGAGGGGCGGUGCGGAGGUCGUGGGCCUGCAGGGGAAGGUCGGUGGGUUCGAGGUGGGCAUGGAGUUUGACGCCCAGCUCAUCGGUCUGGGAACCGUGGGCGAGAUCGCGGAGGGAGAAGAGGCCGAGGGCGAGGACAAGGGGAACGUCGACGUAUUCGGCUGGGAAACGUGGGAGGAGAAGGUCGCGAAAUGGGUCUUCAACGGUGACGACCGGAAUACCAAGAAGGUCUGGGUCAAGGGUCGGUUGGUCCACUCGCGACCAACCUAG